AUGAAGGUCUUCAUCCUUGCCUGCCUGGUGGCUUUUGCUCUUGGAAGAGAGACUGUAGAAAAUCUUUCAAGCAGUGAGAUAAGACAAUUUUAUUCAGAGCAAAAACCUGAGGGAGUUAAGCAUGAGGAACAGCAAAGAGAGGAUGAACAUCAGAAUAAAAUCCAGCCCCUUUUCCAGCCACAGCCUCUAGUCUAUCCUUUCGCUGAGCCCAUUCCUUAUACUGUCUUUCCACCAAACGCCAUUCCUCUUGCUCAGCCUAUUGUGGUGCUGCCUUUCCCUCAGCCUGAAGUAAAGCAACUCCCUGAAGCUAAAGAAAUCACCUUUCCUAGGCAAAAAUUGAUGUCCUUCCUUAAGUCUCCAGUAAUGCCCUUUUUUGACCCCCAGAUCCCAAAUCUUGGGACCGAUCUUGAAAAUCUGCACCUUCCUCUGCCUCUGCUCCAGCCCUUAAGACACCAGCUCCACCAGCCUCUUGCUCAGACUCCAGUGCUUCCUCUUCCUCUAUCCUUGCCCAAAGUCCUGCCCGUUCCCCAGCAGGUGAUACCCUAUCCCCAGAGAGGUAGACCCAUCCAAAACCUUCAACUGUACGAAGAGCCUCUACUUGACCCAACCCGUAAGAUCUACCCAGUGGCUCAACCACUUGCUCCAGUUUAUAACCCUGUUGCUUACAUGAUAGGUAUUCCCUGUUGCUCAACAUUGCUCACAUACUUGCACCAGAGCAGUAGGAGCCAGUAUCCCAUCCAGAAUAAACUGGGUUACUUAAUAGCAAUGCCAAAGAAAGUACGACCUACAUGA